CCUCCACCUCCUCAUUCCUGCUGACUCCCUGCUCACCCUCUCCUCUCCUCUCUUGCCUCACCCCUCUCUGGGUGCCAGUAGCUUCUAGUCAUGGAGCAGACAACAGUCACAGACCAACCGAGGAUGUCAGACACCAAAGCCUCAGCGUCAGCGUUUCAAGAGGAGGAAGUAGGGGGCUUCACCACUGGAAAUAAAGAUGACUUGGGGUCAAACAAUGUCCCUGCAGUGACACACCCCGUACUCACACAGCCCGGCCUCGGCGUCACCACGACAACCAUUACCACCAUCACACAGACGGGAGGAGACUGGAGCACUGGCUUGUUUGACAUCUGCAGAGACAAGACUACAUGUGUUCUCGGGGCUAUGGUGCCGUGCUGUUUGGACCUGAGUUUAGCUCACCAGUAUGGUGAGUGUCUGUGCAUGCCUCUGCUGCCAGGAUCCACUUUUGCCAUGCGUGUUGGGAUCAGGGAGCGGUACAAGAUUCGGGGAAGUGUGUGUGAGGACUGGACCACAGUGUGUUGCUGUUACCCUCUGGCUGUAUGUCAGAUGAUAAGAGAGAUGAAGUGGAGGAUGAAGACACAGACCUAUCAUGUGUCCACUGCCCUCGAAUGCUCCUAAAGAAACUCAAGACAGUCAAUGAGGCCUGGCCUUUUACAAUGAGCCUUUUGAGGGUCCAACUGAGAGUACUGGUGUAUGUAUACCACAAAGAAUCAUUACUAUAAGGUUUGAAAUGCCCCUGGGGAUGACAAUGAAUCAAGCCUGUCCUACAACAUUUGAAGAAGACUGGAAAGAACUUUUUAAACAGCAUAAAGAAUCCGAAAGUCAGACUCUGAGGUUUUAAGAUUGUAACUGAAACUUUAAAUUGCUGUUGGACUUCUAUUUAGAGAGGAUAUUAUGAAUAAACUUGGUACCAAUA